AUGUCCACAAAUGUGGAAAACAAUGUUACUCUAUCCCAGCAGGUCAUUGAUGCCUACUGCCCAAAGAUAGAAAACACAGGAAGAUAUUGUAAACCUUGCCAAAUUGGAUGGCUGAGCUACCUGUCCAGCUGUUAUGCAGUCAGUAACCCAGAUCCUCGUCAUCAAAAAACCUGGGAGGAAGCUCAAGAGAACUGCAGAGCAAAGAAUUCAGACUUGGCUGUAAUAGUUAAUGAAGAUGAAAACAAAUUCAUCAGUGAUAACAGCUGGAUAACUCCAGGAACCAAUGGCUACUGGAUUGGACUGAGAGCUGAAGACAGGAAAUGGAAGUGGAUCGAUGGAAGUGAUCUGACUAAAAAAUCCUGGAUGACACAAAAUCCUUACAACAGCUACUGUGUAAUUUCAGUCAAAAAUAAAGGAUGGAAAUCAGUGAACUGUGGAAACAAAAACGGUUGGAUCUGCAAAAAGGCGGCUUUAUCUGUUUAAACAGUGAGAAGCCUCACAUGAGAAGGUUACUGGAUACUCUGUAAAGAUUAAUAACAUGUAAAAUCAUAUCAACUGGAUUGUAAAUAUCAAUACAAAGAUGUUUUCAUUCAGAAUUUGGGAUUUUUUUCUCAAAGCUAUU